AUUUCAUUCAGAAGUGACGACGAGUCCCCUCGGAACAGCGCUGCAUGUCCCAGCAAAUCUCUUAUCGAGUUGCAACAAAACUUGAUCCAACCAGGACAUGGCUUAUCUCGAAAGAGAAUCAAUGGUGGGAUCAAUGGAGGCCUCAUCAAUGAGAUUUCACUAGAUUCUCUGCAGUACAGAAGGGAUUUACUUUUUCCAUUUUCUCUCUUAUUGAACAAUACUCGACCCGUUGGGCGUCAGGAUACUCUUCUCCGUUUGAUCUCCAUCCUUCUCCUUGCUGAUCUUUCAAUUACGCUACUUGCAUUACUUCAGUUCUAUUGGCUUGCCCUUGCAGCCUUUCUUGCUAUCCUCCUGAUUCUCCCUCUCUCUCUGCUUUGCCCAUUCCCUGCGGGUCUUAACGCGUUACUUAGUAAAGAAAUGAGAAGAGCCUCACUUACUCGUAUCUACGGCCUUUGGAACGCUACAUCUCUAACAAACGUCAUUGUGGCUUUCAUUUGCGGUGUCAUUCAUUCCGGGUUUUUCUCUGACGAGCUACCAAACAUCUGGAACGCCAUAAGGGAUGAUGAUAAGUGGUGGGUGUUACCAACAAUCCUCUUGUUACUCAAGUCAACACAAGCUCGGUUCCUUGAUUGGCAUGUCGCAAAUCUCGAAGUACCGGACUUUUCACUUCUUUGUCCUGAUCCAGAUACCUUCUGGGCAUAUGAAUCAGGUGCUUGACCAUCCAAAGAUUAAUCAACAUCGUUAUAAAGAAAGACAAGCAAAAGGUAUAUCUUAUUUUUCAUGUAAAUCAUUUUUAAAAAAGUACAAAGUUCUUCUCAGUGAAUAGUUGGGUAAAACAGUUCUCUAGAACAUCUGGUUAUAUUUCUGGUGCUGAAUUAGUGUUUUACCAGAUGAAUGGUAGUUUUAGAAACUAGAGAGAGAGAGAGAGGUUGUAAGUUAUGUAAUCCUAUUAAAAGUUUUGCAACAACAUGGAAAUUUAGAACACAAUGGAGACUAAUCCUAAAAGGCUAAAACCUAAUAAUUUAACUAAAAUUUAUUUA